AUGUACCUGGCGCCCUACGCCACGCAGUGGUGCCCGCCGGAGCGUGCCAUGGGCAAGAAGGAGCGGGCGGCCAAGCUGGCGGAGAUAUGGAAGCAACUCUCCUGGCUGGAAGCACACCUGGUGGGCCCCUACAUGGCUGGCCCCUCGAUGACCCUCGCCGACAUGACUUGGUACCCGACCGUCAUCUUCAUGGAGUACAUGUUGCCGAGAGUCUUCGGUUGGCCGGAGGUCUUCCACGAGGAGGCGCACUUUCCGAAGCUCAGCAAGUGGUUCCAGCUGCUGAGCUCCGACAAGGUGUUCUCGGACGUGCGCGACGACAUCUUCGGCUUUUGGGUCGGCAAGGACAAGGAAGGGCAGUUCGACUCGAUCCGAGGGGAGCUUUCGGACCCUGCCUUCAAGUGGAAGUACCCCUGA